UGAUAGCCGGGCGGUCAUUAAAUGUCUGCACAGUAGCUAAUUGUUGGACAUAAACCGUCGUUACUUGUAAAACAAGUAGAGGAUUGACAGAUAUUACCAUUGGCAGUCAUGUCGUACUGCAAGCAAGAGGGUAAAGAUCGCAUUAUUUUCGUUACCAAGGAAGACCAUGAAGCGCCCAGCAACGCUGAGCUCAUUGCAGAUGACCCCAAUGACCCCUACGAAGAUCAGGGCCUGAUCCUGCCCAGUGGGGAGAUCAACUGGAACUGUCCAUGCCUGGGAGGGAUGGCUAGCGGGCCCUGUGGGACACAGUUCAAGGAGGCCUUCUCCUGCUUCCACUACAGCAAUGAAGAGGUGAAGGGUUCAGAGUGUAUCGACAACUUCCGUGCUAUGCAGGAGUGUAUGCAGAAGUACCCCGAGCUCUACCCCCAGGAGGAUGAGAACGAGGGAGCUGACGCUGCUGCCCCUCCCCUCGUUGAUUCUACUGCCCCUGUGCCCACCGAGGACUCUUCCCCAGCCUCAGUGCCCUCUAGUAACUCUACCCCGUCCCCACCAACACCUGAAUCUGCCCCGUCAUCCGACAAUACACCACCCACAGACAGCCAGGCUGCCAGCUAAAAUCACCCAGCAUCCCCCAGUCUCUCUUAAACCACUGCUGAGCACAGGCCACUUUCAUGGGAGAUCAGCUGUGUGUUCACUGGUGCCUCAGACUUUAUCUCUUGGUUCAACGUUCAUCACAAAGGAUAAUGACUUUAAAGGGGGCCUAGUACUGCAGAGGAGUUAUGUCUCUUCCAGGGAAUAUCAGUUAAUGCUGUGAGAGGAGGACAAUACAAAAUACAUUUCAUAGGAUUUAUUGUAGUGGUUGUUGAGCUCCUGAGGUUCCUACAGUGCCAAGUUUGUAGAGAGGGGGGGGGUCGUUUUCUGCAGGGGACUUUAGUUAAGACUCGCAACCAACAUAUUUUUCUGCUUAUCAAGCUUCAAAUCAGAUGUGUUGUGCCAUUCUACGUUAAUGCUACACUGGAGGUGUGUAACCUACUGUCAAUGUUACUGUUACUGGUCGUUUGUGAUUACUUGACUUCAUGUUUGUGCUUGACGGAUCAUAGUAAGCAAUUGAGCUAGUAUUAAAGCUUGAUUACUCUUGUUCUCAGUUGCUGGUCGAAGAUCAUGUGACAUGUCUGUUUUUCCCACUUAAGUUCUGUCAAAAGUCCUGAACGUCGCUGGUGGCAGGAAGUUUUUCCAUCAACCUGUAUUUUUCAGUUAAAUCUGAGUUUUAGCACAGCCUACAUUGCCUUACUAUUAUAUAAUAGAUUUUUCCAUCAAAUGACCGCCCUAAGAAAGUGGAAAUCCAUUGUGUCUAUGCAAUAAUUUCCUCUGAGAGAAUGAAACACUGCGAGCCAACUGGGGUUUUGUUAUGUGGUGCAUAAUGCAGUUUCCAUGGAAGAUGGAGAUGUGUUUAAUGCAUACAUUUACGCAAAUCACAAUGACAUUAAUACAUGAUUUAUGUGAAAAUCUGAGAUGCAGUGUGCGUGUAAAUCUCAGGAUUUGGGCCUUUUGAGAUACACUACAUGACCAAAAGUAUGUGGACACCGCAUAAAACAUCUUAUUCCAAAAUCAUGGGCAAAGGUG